UGACGCAUGCGCGGUAGUGUGUGGCAGCUGUGUCCCUGCGCAGACCUGCAUAAUCCGUUGCUAAGGAGAGAGCAGUGGCUUCUGGAUCUGACUUGGUCAGCAGCGCCGGGUGAGCCCAUCCUGUCCUACUACACUCACCCAGUAGUACAGCUGUGUGUCUGUAAAAUACUUUCACUACGAAAGCCAUCACGCUGCUUACAGAGAACUUUGUCCCUGUCUGCUCAUAGCUGAUUGUGUGAUUUUAUUUUGGAUGUGUGGGAAAUUGGAGGAGGGGUGUCAUCAGCAUGGCUGAAGAUGGACACGUAGUCACUGAGGUUGAUCAAGAGAAAUAUGAUGCAGAUGAAAAUGUCAAAAUCAUCUGUCUUGGGGACAGCGCAGUUGGAAAGUCAAAGUUGAUGGAGCGCUUCCUAAUGGAUGGAUUUCGUCCUCAGCAACUUUCAACCUUUGCUCUGACACUAUAUAAAUACACCACAAGUGUGGAUGGCAAGACUGUCCUAGUUGAUUUCUGGGAUACAGCUGGACAAGAGCGGUUUCAGAGCAUGCAUGCUUCCUACUACCACAAAGCACAUGCCUGUAUCAUGGUAUUUGAUGUGCAGCGUAAGGUUACAUACAAAAACCUUUCCAGUUGGUACCAGGAACUGAGGGAGUACCGUCCAGAAAUUCCUUGCAUUGUUGUGGCAAAUAAGAUAGAUGCUGACCUACGCGUGACGCAGAAAGGGUUUAAUUUUUCUAAGAAGCACAGCCUGCCAUUGUACUUUGUUUCAGCUGCUGAUGGUACCAACGUAGUAAAGUUAUUUACAGAUGCCAUUAAGCUAGCAGUUUCUUACAAGCGGAACCCAAGGGAUUUUAUGGAUGAAGUGAUGCAGGAGCUGGAGAACUUUGAGCUAGAGAAGCCUGAUAACACAUCUGAUAAAGAGGAGAUAUCUGAAGAUGGAGAGACACCAACGGCUGUGUGAGACAGCAGGCACAGAGGAUUUCUGAUGACCAUUAGUGGUGGCUACAGCCCUGGAUUCAGUCCAUUUUAGGAAUAUAGUCUUUAAGAAAUGAAACUCUGUAACAUCUUUAUAAAAGGUAAUGGAUUCAGACACAGAACGCUGGUGACAGUUGCUGUUACUGCAUUAUUUGGAUUGCUAAAAGCAGAGGUAACACACUUUACUGGAACCCAGAUCGGUUGGGCAAUGUUCACUUUACCUCAUCGUGAAAGCUGUAGCCAUUGGCGAACCUCGGUCUCUGACUAGUCAUAUGCUUGGUGUAGUGGGAAUUAAUCUCGUUUAGCUCCUCAGUUGACACAGAACUGAAUUUAACACCUCGGACAAUUGACAUCAGUAACAGAUUGCUAUAAAUGUAACAGUUUGCAAGACCUUAUACAUCGUAUUAAAUUAUUGGUGAAUUUCA